AUGCUCUUUAGCAAACAUCUGGACUCGCAUCUGAAACCAUAUCGCUGCAAGUCCAAUGAAUGUUCUGAUACCCAUUUCUCCUCGACUGCCUGUCUCCUACGCCACGAAAGGGAAGCCCACGGGAUGCAUGGACAUGGGGCCAAACCUUUUCUGUGCAAAUUCGAGGGGUGCGAGCGCGCCCACGAGAACCAUGGCUUUCCGCGCCGAUGGAAUUUACUUGAUCACAUGAAGAGAGUCCAUGGAUACUCUGGGUCAGAGCCAUCAAAUAACAGUGACUCCCCAUCACCUUCGGAUAGCUCCUCCCACAACUCCCACAAGGAUCCGACGAAUGGCCAGAGGAAAAGAAGGACUCCAAGUCCUACUGAGAACGUGGUAGCGAAACGGGCCAAGUUGGCCACUUCCAGAGCUGAUGGACAAGCUUCAACAUGUUCUGCUAGCGGAUCCGGAUCCGUUGCGAUGGCAAUCCGUGAGCAGACAGGCCCCCAUCGAAGCCAGCAAUAUCCUCCGGAGGAGUUGCUGCUGCGUGAUCACCAGGUUCGAUUAGAUUCCCGGCUCAGGAAUCGCGAUUUCAGUGAUCCUCAGGCCUUGAAGCAGUACCACGGGGACAAUGCCAUGUUUGAAAACCUUGCCAGGAAAGUUUACGGCCGCAAGUAA